AUGGCUCCGUCCGUCCGUCCGUCCGUCCGUCCGUCGGGCGAUUCCCCGCUCAAUUCCCUAAAAAAACCGAUCCGCCUCCUCUUCGUCCACGAUGCCGCCUCCCGGCCUCCCCUCAUCUCUCCUUCCCUUCCUCCUCCGCCGCCGACGUCCGCCCGGCCGCCCCCCUGCAGCCUCCUCUUCGAGGACGGCGCCCCUCUCUCUUGCUCUACCCGCUGCCUCUGCUCUCUCCCUUCCUCUGCCCGCUGCAAUCAGAGCCGCCGCCGCUUCCUUCCUGUGCCAGUUCCCGCCGCCAAAGACGGGCGCCUGAGGAGAGGGCCGCCGGCCUCCGCCCGCUGUCCCUGCCCCCGCCGUUCGCCGCCCCCGCGCCCGCGCUCCUCCUCAUCGAGCUGCCUCCGCCGCCCCCACCCCCGCCCUCCUCUUCGAGGACGGCGCCUACGCCCGCCGCCGAUCACCGCUAAUGGAGGGACGUCGAGCGAGUCCACCUCCACCAGCCAGGUCGCUUCCAGUGCGUCCGCGUCCGCGGCUCCGGCCACUCGCGGCGCGCGUGCGUUUUGGGGACUCGCGGCGGGGCUCGUGAAACGGCGGUUCCGGCACGUCCUGGACAUCGUGGGCAGCUCCGUGGACUGCAACCGCUCCACUACUGCAGGUUAUCUCCUUCCGCAUCUACAAAAGGCCAGAUCACGCAUGGCUUUUGAUUUUGUUGCUGUUAAUGAAGCAUGGGAGGAACCUGUCCAUUGAAGUGUGGUGGAUCUAUCUUACUAUCUAGAUCGAUGAACACGUGUAAAAAAAGAUACCUUUCAAAAGAGCUGGUUAUUAUGGAGUUGCAUCAUGAUUCUUUUUUACUUGACAAAAGAGAAUGCAGAUCUUAAGGUCGUUGCUAUGCUGUUCCUCAAGGGAAAAGUUUGUAAGUGUUUACAUAAAAUCAAUUUGUCCAGUAUUAGCUCAUGGACAGUGUCAUGUAUCCCUAAGGGAAGUUUAUCUUUCUCAACAUUGCUGAACAGAGGAGAAGCAAACAGAACAUUGGGAAGGUAGGAAGAUUAGGGCAGUUGGAGCCAUGGAGGUGUCUCAGGACUGGAUGAGCUACGGAGAUGCACAAUGAUCGAUUGGAGAGGGAGAAAGUGAGUGAAAGACUAGAUUAGGUGGAGAAAUAUAUGUUCUAGGAAGAGAAAGAAUUGGAUCAAUGCAUAGUGAUCAACAGAGAGGACUAAGUGAGAGAUAUACUAGCAUUUGGUACAUAUUUGAUAGAGACAUGACAUAGCAUUGCGCUUAAUUCGACAUGCGUUCUUGAAGUACAAUAAUUGAAUUUGUGUCAUUUUAUUUCUUCUGUAGCAACGCACGGGCACUCUUGCUAGUUUCUUGUAAUGAACCACUGCCAUCUGGA